AUGAUAGGAACUGAAGGUCAAGUUCGACUUGUAGAUGGCAAUGGUUACUCGUCCGGCCGAGUAGAAAUAUAUCAUAACGGCGUCUGGGGAACUGUUUGUGAUGAUAGCUUUGGUAUUAGUAACGCCAUAGUCAUUUGUAGGCAAUUAGGAUUUUCAUCAGCCGCUGAUUACUUUUGUUGCGCUCAUUAUGGCCGUGGAAAUGGCACUAUUUGGCUUGAUAAUGUCUCUUGUAACGGUAGUGAAUCUUCCAUUAGCAGUUGUAAUCAUAAUUCUUGGGGAUCACAUGAUUGUGGCCACAAUGAAGACGUCGGUGUAGCAUGUAUAAACGCUUUUUGGUCACCAAAUUCCACAGCGUUUGAAUUUCUUUUUAUAACGCAGUUCAACAUAGCACGCAUCGCAUUUCUAUCCGUAAAAGAUUGUAUAACUCAGAUUAAGAGUUCGAGGUCGCGAACCUAUAGUAAUAGUAAAAGACUAUUACUCGGUCAUUACACUCGUAAAAUGGAAAGGUGA